GUAUUUGAAUACUUAACCCCUAAACAUGAUUUCGAAUUUUUAUUUGCUUUUUUCAAAAAUUGUUUCUUGUAAGUCUUCAAUAUAUGGAAGUGAUUUAGUGAAUGUUUUACAGAGCGGCUCAUUGCAAAGCCAGAAAUCGCAGAGACAGCACCACUGCAAAAUGGGCGACAAUGUGGACCUGGAGAAGUGCUUUGAGGUGGUCAGCAACCUGGUCUCCGAAGCUGGCAGGCUAAUCGCUCGCAACAAUGAGACGCGACAGGAGUUUGUGACCAAGAGCAACGACAUCGAUCUGGUGACCCAGACGGACAAGGAUGUGGAGCAGCUGCUGAUGGACGGCAUUCGCCGGCACUUUCCGGAUCACAAGUUCAUUGGAGAGGAGGAGAGCAGCGGCGAGGAGGGCGUCAAGAAGCUGACCAAUGAUCCCACCUGGAUCAUCGAUCCCGUGGACGGAACCAUGAACUUUGUGCACGCCUUUCCCCACUCCUGCAUUUCGGUGGGCCUGAAGGUGAACAAGGUCACGGAACUGGGACUGGUCUACAAUCCCAUCUUGGAGCAGCGCUUCACCGCGAGACGAGGACAUGGAGCCUUCUACAACGGACGCAGGAUCCAUGUGAGUGGCCAGCAGGAACUGGCGAAGGCGUUGAUCACCAGUGAAUUCGGAACCACUCGGGACGAAGCCAAGAUGAAGGUCGUCAACGAGAACUUCGAGAAGAUGGCCAAGAAAGCGCAUGGUUUACGCGUCCUGGGUUCGGCAGCCCUCAAUAUGUCGAUGGUUGCUCUGGGAGCCGCCGAUGCCAACUAUGAGUUUGGAAUCCAUGCCUGGGAUGUUUGUGCCGGGGACUUGAUUGUCCGUGAGGCCGGGGGAGUGGUCAUCGAUCCCGCUGGCGGGGAAUUCGACAUUAUGUCGCGAAGGGUCCUGGCAGCGGCCACUCCCCAGUUGGCGCAGGAAAUCACCAAGGUGCUAACCCAGUUCCAUCCGUUACCUCGCGAUGAUUAAGUAAUGGCAUUUGAUGUAACCAUAACGACUUAACCAAUGGAUCUGUCUCCAUUCCGAGCUAACCAAAUAAAAGCAUUUUAAAUAACCGACCAUGUACCUAACAAACAAAAAGAAUACGCCUAGUCAUGGAUAUUCCAAAUAAAUCGUUUUAUGUCAACAAA